GAAAACUUGAAUAACAAUGCACAAAAGAAAAUGAUUGGGACUACAUAACAAGCUCGCUGUAGCCUUCCGAAGACGCGACCGAAAGACCGAAGAAGACAAUGGAAGUGAUCAAAGAAAGUGCUGCUAUGUUGAGCAACUUUGAGGUCCAUGCUCUGCUUAAAGAAUUACAAUCGGGAAGCUCUCAGAGAGGGAAGAAGAGCAUCAGUAAAAAGCAGCAGAACCUUGCCACAAUAUCCUAUGAGACAAUCAAGUACCUUGAGAAGACUCCCUGCGGGCUUCAAACUCCCGAGGUAGUGGAGAAAUUCCUGCGAGCUCUCACUCCAUUCAGCCUUACCAAGUCUGAGAAAUUGCAACUUCUGAAUCAUAGGCCGAAAACAACAGUAGAAAUAAUGGCAAUGAUAGAGGAAUGUGAGGAACGAUUGACAGAAGAGCAGAUGGAAUCCCUCAUUCAAGUCAUCACCUCCAUAUUACCAGGAGAGCAAGGGGAAGAAGAGGAGGAAGGAGAAGAAGAAAUGGAAGGAGAAGAAGGAUAAAUCAUUGCUUUCAUCUAUUGUGGAAAAGCUAUCAUUCAAGAGACAACAGAAAGAUGAUAAAAGGAUGGAAGAACUUGAAAGAAUUUGAAAAUUCACCCAGCCAGCCAUCUUUGAUAUCUUGAAGAACAAGUUAAAUUGGGUAAUUUUGAGUUGGUAAAGAAAGGAAUGGAGAAUGAAUGAAUAAAGAGGGUAGCUGUUGAGCCAGUGGGCUGCGUGCACCAAGCAGCUGCUUUAGCUGCUUGUUAUUGGGUAAUCGCUGUACAAGGGUCCCUGUGAGGGUUUAUUUCCAAUUCGUCUAAUGCCAAUUCAUCCAAUUGCCAACUCGUCUACUAUCAUUUGGUCUACCAUCAGUUCGUCUACUCACCACAUGGUGUACUUUUAUUUAGUCUAAUUCCAUUCUGUCUAAUAACCAGUUUGUCCAAUGGCCAAUUAGUCCAUAUACCAUUUGGUCUAAUUGGACUAAGUGUUGCAAAAUGAAUGAAAAUAAAAUGGAUAUCAGACCAACUGGUUAUGAGACGAAAUGGUCAUAGGCAAAAUGGUGAUUAGAUGAAGUGAUGAUUGGACCAAAUGGUUGUUAGACGAAAUGUUGAUGGAUGGAAUGGCAUUAGACUAAAUGAAAGUAGACCAUGUGGUGAAUGGACGAGUUGGCAGUAGACGAAUUGGCAAUUUACCCCUGUGAGGGGUUAUGCAUUCUGUCACAGGGUUUGAUAGAAAAAGUGAAAGAAAAUCAGAACCUGAGGCAAUGAUAGAUGGAAUUGCAUUAUGUCACAUGAUGUAGAUUUGACAAAUCUGUGAUUAUGAUCCUAGUAUGGGGUAUAUAAAAUGUUUUAUCUUUGGAAAGUUUAGGUUGUACUGUUACGCUUGACUUUUGGCAUGCCAAAUGGGCGUCUCAAUCAAUACGCAUUAGUAAAAAAAAAGUGCUUAAUGCAUCAGAAUGAUGUCUCUAAGCACAUUUACAUCAGUUGAAUAACCAGGUAGAUAUGUUUAUUCAAGUUAAUAAAAUAAAUAAAAUUAUUUGUACAUUAUGAAAACAUAUUUUGCACUUCAUAUUCCAAUCGCUGAUAAAAUGGCACAUAACGUUUAGCAUUAUGAAAUACCCCAUGGUUUCAUUAGAAUGUACACUGUAUAAUGCUUUUGUGGGAAAUAAGGUAGAUCUUGCAGAUUGGAUCCAUUAAUGUGAUAAAAUUUGCAACACAUGGUCAUAAUAAGACGCCUAUUAUCAAAACAAAAUCACAAGUCAAUUACCUGAAAGAGUAAGAUCAUUGUAGCCAGGGGCAGACCCAAGAUUUUCCAAAGGGGGAGGAUAGGCACAUUUUCCCUAGGAAAAUUUGACAGGCUUAUAAAAAAGAUCCUGAUUUGUGUAUGAACGACAUAUUCCCAUUAAAAAUAUUUUCUGUGACUCUUGAAAAGGGGGAGGGGGGCACACUUGUUUAUGAACGACAUAUCUACAUUAAAAAUAUUGACUUUGACUCUCAAAGGGGGGGGGGGGGCACGGGCCGGAUGUGCCCCCCUCCCCCCAUGGAUCUACCACCAAUUGUAGCUCAGUAUUGGUGAAUGUCAAUUUCCUGGACCUGUAACACAAAGCUUAGUGAUUGAUCAUGCCGUUGACACAUAGUGAUGAAUAUGAUCAAUCAUAAAACCAGCCCUAUGAUCACAUUCUAAGCUUUGAGUUACGGAGCCCUGGGGAGUGUUUCAUCAACAUUUUUGUCCGACAUGUUGUUGGAUCUGACAACUUUCCUUGAUUUUGAUUGGUUGAGAAGCAGUGUUACUAUGGUAACUAUUGGAUAUUAAGGGACUUGUUGGAUGAAUGGUCAGACAAGUCCUUUCAUGAAAC